AUGGCUUCCAUCACCGUUCUUCCUAGCGAGCUCCUCGCUCGCAUUGUCUCGUUCCUUGACCGGUCAUCCCUGAAGGCGCUGCGGGAAACAAGUCGCGUUCUAUCACAGUUUGCCACUCCACAGCUAUUUAACACUCUACAUCUGUUUCCGGACGAAGAAAGUUAUGAGGCUGUCGAUAGCAUUACGAAUAAUGCAACUUUCAAGAAAAUGGUUAGGAAGGUGUAUGUCAAUACAUGUGAAGAUGAUUAUGACUCCUAUGACGAGGAGGAAGUCGAAUUGACAAAGGAUUUCAAGGACAGAAUCGCGAAAUUCAAAGACUGUCCAAAUGUGCAAAGCGCCGUCUUGCGGUUCGACAAGCAUUGUAGUACGGGACGUGAAUCUUGGAUGAGGGAGCAUCCAGAGACCGUCGCCUUUCGCACAAAAACUCUUCAAGUCUUCUUUAAAUGGUUGGCCUCAUUCGAAGUGCCUCUGCGCGAACUCGGUAUUCGCAAUAUGCAAGAUAUUAAUGUCAAUGACGACCGAAUAUCUGCCAAUAUCAAGAAAGUGCUGCAGAAUAUACGCGCUCUCCGAUUAAGCAUUGUGACGGAGCACAAUGAAGCCGCCCCUGAGGACGACCUCGACGUAUUCCCUGAGCCCCAUGACUUCUUCGCGCAGCUGCCAUCAGUGUGGCUGAAACCAUCCGCAUCAUCUCUUGAGCAUCUGACGCUCUACUGCGGCAACUACUUCGGAUUCUAUCCUAAGCUGGAGCUAAGCGAGGUUCACUUUCCGCACCUCGAGUCCCUCGCCUUUGGUAAUUAUUGCUUUGUGCGGGACUCUCAGCUUGAAUGGAUUGUCUCACAUGCAGCCACUCUAACUGACCUGUACUUUGACGACUGCGCAAUUUUAUACGAUGUGUGUCUUGCCGAAGAACAUAUGGCCGACAGGUGCCCCUUCAAGAAGAGUGAAAUGGAAACCCGCCGAAAGGAUGAUGGCCGGACGCGGCGAAAAUACUACCUCUCCUACGAUAAGCGGUGGCAUCAUUAUUUUGACUGCUUCCGAACAAAGCUACCUCUUCUGAGGCAUUUUGUCAUCGGCAGCAGCGACUGGUAUCAAGGUGUGCCAUUCGAAAAGGAGGCUGAAAUCACGAUUGGCUUGUUUAAAAAUAGGUACAUGGCCUGCUAUGAUGGUUACGGACCCAGUCCGUAUCUUGAACCAGACUUUGUCCCUCACGAGUGGGAAAAGGAAGGACCCAAGUGCGACGAGGAAGAUAGGGACUCCUUACGACUACUCUUGGAGAAGACAGGGCAGAGUCUUGUCGAGGACCAGUUCUUGGAUUGA